UCCCUUUCAAAAAUGCUAAGACCAAAAGAGAAUGCUCAAAAAGCUGUAACCACAGAAGUAACAUGUUAAAACUCCAAUCCUCAAGAUGAUGGUACUGGGAAGUGGGACUUUAAGAGGUAAUUAGGUUAUGAGGAAGGAGCCCUCAGGAAUGGGAUCAAUGCCCUUAAGUUAAAGAGGCCUAAGAGCCUCACCAGUCCCUUCUGCCAUGUGAGGACACAGUGAAAAGACACUGUCUGGGAACAAGGAAGCCAGUGCUUCCCACACACUGCAUCUGAUAAUGCCUUGAUCUUGGACAUUUUAGUCUCCUGACUGUGAGAAAUAAAAUUUCUGUUGUUUAUAAGCCACCAUUCUGUGGCAGUUGUGUAGCAGCUAGAACAGUUUAGGGCACCAUCUAACACCUUUCCUCCAUAUUGUAACUCUCUUUUAGAAGCAUGAUAAUGCAAAUUGCUCUGCUUGACUUCAUUCCCUAGUAUCUGGGGUCUCUCAUUAUUACAAUCAGAUGCAAUGAAAAUCUGGUUCCCCAUUCACGAAGAAAAUGCUCAAAGCUCCCCCAGUUCACACCCCACCCCAGUGUUUGGGCACGACUCCACCAUUGUCCUAUCGUGGUGAACAAACCCACUGCUUCACAGACAUUUUUCUAGAUGUUCAAUUCCUGAUUCAUCACACAAUAAAGAAGCAAAAUUCGUUUCUAUUAAAAUGUGUGCACUGACUCCCAAAAAUAAUGCAGAAUGAUCUCGUUAGAAAUUUAUCGGUACUGUUUCCUUAUAUCAAAAGCACGGAGAACCGCAGCAAUGUUUUUGCAUUGCUCUCAUGAUCUAAAUCGGGUUCCCAAAAGGCAGCAGCUGCUGCCACACCAGGAGGCUUGCCCAGAAAUGACCCACCUGCCGUCGCGUUUCCCCCAGAGCACUUAAGUAGCCAGUGUUCAAGUGAGAUCAAGUUUCUUACCACCACACUGCCAGCGGUGGAAAAAUCGCCGCCAUGUUACAGACAGAAGAGAAGGAUCCCUCACCCGUCCUGGUGCUCAAUAGAUCUAAGCGUUUAAUGAAAGCUCAACAGAGGGCCUACAACAGUAGCCACCGGACUUCUUCCUUAUUGUCUUACUUUCUCAGUUGAGAAAACAGCAAGAUAUUUGUGACACUACGGGACAAAACGAAUGCUUCGAAAGUGCUUAAUUCCUUAGUGGUUUAGAAAAAAAGCGCCAGGACAGCUUUUCUCUUCCCCAUCCUAUACGUGUUUGUCUAGGAAAGGGGGAAAAAAUCCUAAGGGUUCGCUAAUUCUUAACCUUUGAACUUAAAAGACUGCCCCUAAAUAAGUAUAAGCCUCAGGCUUCCCCAGGGAGGGGUGGUGGCGAUUCUGAGUCCUAGUGCUUUGUGAACUUGGGGUGGGCAAAGUGCAAAUGCCAUGGUCUGCUAAGGCCCUGGGAGCACAUUUGCUAGGCACACUGGGAAAAGCCCCCUCAGGCAGAGAUCAGGCCAGCUCCUCAGAGGGUCCCAGAGCUGCCCUGGGUGCCCGGUCCCGAGGCGAGGCGAGGCAAGGCCACUUUAAGGGGCGUGCACUCCCACAGCUGCAGCCAUUAGCGCGGAGGGCGCUCGCGGAGGACGCGGCGGGCUGCCGAGCUCCUCCUGUGGGGAGGCUGCCCCAGGACCCAGCACGUGCGCAGCGCGCCAUGGCGGCCUCAAUUAUCAGCCCAGAGCUCGGCCCGCUUUCAGACCAGGCAAACAUCGACCUGUUGUUUGUGGGAGAUGUCACUGUGGGCUGCCUGGCAGAUAGUGUGCAGCAGUUCUUUUCAAACACAGCAGACGUCACCAUCACCAUCAGUGACGUGAAGAAGGCAGCCGUGCUCUUGGAUGAGUGCACCUUCAACAUGGUUUUCCUGAAGAUGACGCCUUUCCUAACUGCUGAGGAGCUGGAAGCUCUCAAGUUAAUUAGAUUUGGCAAGAAGAGGAAUGCACAUGUGCUCUUUAUUUUUAUAGUCCCUGAAAACUGUAAAGGUUGUAUUUCAGGGCAUGGAGCUGAUAUUACUUUAACUGAACCACUAACAAUGGAAAAAAUGAAUAUUGUGGUAAAAUACUGGAAAACAUAUUUCUCCAAUACAGUUAGGACUGAAAGUGCUAAGAGGCCUGAAGAGUCUGGAUUGCCUCUGAAGAGAUCCUGCAGUGAACACCUGGGAUAUUUUUCUACAGAUCUGUUCACCUGCUCUGAACCUCUAAGAAUUGAUACUGAACUCGAGUUAAAGACUCCGUUGUCAGAUUUCGAGAAAAACAAAAAGAUUUCUUUUCUUCAUUCAAGCAAAGAAAAGCUGAGAAGAGAAAGAAUCAAGUAUUGCUGUGAGCAGCUGCGCACUCUCUUGCCGUAUAUAAAAGGGAGAAAGAAUGAUGCGGCUUCAAUUCUGGAGGCGACAGUUGAUUACGUGAAGUAUGUCCGGGAGAAGAUCCCUCCAGCCAUUUUGGGCCAGAUUACAGAAGCACUUCAGAGCAAUAAGAGGUUUUCUAAGAAGCAACAAGUGACCACUCAGCUCUCCUUCCCAGGCACAGUCAUGGCACAGAGGGACAGCAGUGUAUUGACAAGCAAUUACUCACCUAUGAGAGGCAUCAAAUUCCUGGCAAAUAAGUGCCUGAAUGUGUAUCCUGUUCCUGCUGCAGGGAGCUCCUUGGAUGAAGCUGUGAGAGGUCAGUCUAGCUCCACUUCAGAGAAUGCCGUUGGUGAUCUUCGUAAAGCAGCGCUCUCUCUCAAUUCCUUCCAUGCUGUCAGUUACUAUUCUAAAGUCAUCCCUUCCUAUGAUGCAGCUGCCGUAACGAAUCAGAACAUUUCAAUUCAUUUGCCACCGGCCGUCCCCAAAGUCUCAACAUUUAUUCCUCAGCACUGCAAUUCCAUGUUGGACCAAACGUGCACAACCCAUCCCAACUGUCUGGGCUGCUUUCUAGCGAUCCAGAAUAUCCAGAACCCAUGAGUCUGGUGUGACUCUGCUGGGCCUUCCGUGACCAGAUGCAGGCUGAUUUCCUGUGGAGCUGAUUGCCUUUCCUGUCCAUCUGCCUGCUGUUACUCAGAGCUUCUCGGAUACUACAUCUUAUUUCACCACCAUCAUCCCCAGCUGGCCUCAGAACUGGCUGCUGCUUUAUCUCUCCGACUGGCAAUAGUCCUCACACAAGAUCAAAAGCUAUUUUUCCAAUCACCAACCUGGCUGACUGGGGACAGCAGACAUCCUCACGCAGCAGUGUUUAUUGAGCACCCACUACGUUCUGGCACUGUGCUCACUCAUUGUGCUAAGAAUGUAGUCUGAAGACACUCACAUGAUUCUUGCCUUCAGAAAGUGUGAUGAAGUUGCAGACAUAGAAGCUGGUGAUUGGGAUUUGGACUGGAGCACGUAGAAGGAACUUGGGGAAGAUUGGAGACUGGUUACCCCAGAAGAUGUGCUGACUAAAUAAAAAUCUAAAGAUGAAUAAUUAUCCAGAUAGAAGAUUCAGAGUCACAGGUAGGGAGGGCAACAGCAUCGCAGGCUGAUUGAUUAGUGUAUAUAAACGGAGGCAUCUUAGUUCUCUGUUAGAACUGUGUAAUUCUAGUGGAAGAUCCAAACCAGAUUGGCUUGCUUACAGUGAAUUUCCGAUAGCCUUAAUAUAGUUGCUAAUACUUUUGGAUAUUAAUAAUAGCUAACAUGUUUUGAGCACUCAAUAAGUAAUAUGCCAAAUACUUUAUGUACUUAAUGUGGCUGAUCUAAAUGAAUUCCUCAAGCAAUGCUUUGGAGGUAGGUACUGUUAUUAUCUCCAUAUGACAUCUAUAAAAUGAGAAUAAUAGUUAUUCCCAAAAACAUUCAUGAGAAAAAUAUUGAAAAUAGAAUAUAAGGAAAUGUUAAAACAUGAUGUUUCAGAUUUUAACUUUUAUUCAUUUUUUUUUUCAUUUUUAAUUGAAAGACUGAUGGAGAGAAAUAGAGAGACAGACAGAGGUCUUCCACCUUCUGGUUCACUUCCCAGAUGCUCACAAUAGCUAUGGCUGGGCCAGCCUGAAGCCAGGACCUAAAACUCAGUUCAGGUCUCCCACGUGUGUGGCAGGGGUACAACCAUUUGAGCCAUCAUCUUCUGUUUCCAUGGUACACAUUAGCAGGAAGCUGCUGGAUCUGAAGUAAAUAGCUGGCACUUGAACCAGGCACUGUGAUGUGGGAUGCAGGCUUCUCCAGCAGCAACUUAACCACUGUACCAAACACCUGCCCCUCGACAGAUAGUGUAAUGCUGCUAAUGAUCACCAGUAUUCCUGCAGACAGACUAGGGUAAAUGUAAGAAAAGGUUAAAACCUUGUUUUUUAAAUUGUUGAUCCAUCCUUACUUUGUGUGGUUUUUGUUGCAGAAUUGUUGUGAGGAAAUAAUCACUUUAAUAAUAAUAAAUAACAUGUUUUUAUGGCCUGAAGGUUUAUUCACCGGCAGAUUCCACAUGAUUUUAUAAAUCAUUUUAUAUUGUUUUAGGACCUGGAAAAUACACUUGUGACAUUAGAGCAAUAGGCCAGGAUUCAAUUAAUGUGGUUUGUUUUUCCUCCUUUGCAGCAACAGUUUUGGGCAUAUUAAUAGCACAUGUUUUAAAUUCACACUCUAGUCCCCCUGCUGGGUGCAGCUUGACAACACUGGAAGAGUGGAACAAAGAAUGAGUUUGAAAGCUAUACCCAGAGACCUAAUAUCAAAAGAGUUGGCCUUGUGUGGCUUCUGAUAAAUGUGUGAAAAGCUCCUACAGAUGGAAAGACAGGUGGCAAAAGUGCUAGCGGUGCACUGUCACUUAUCUUCAUACAUGCUUGCAUCUCCCCCAACCUGAGAGCAGCAAGAACAAAUGGCCUCAGUGACCCUCACUCCUUUGUGUCCUCGAAAAAUAUUCCACAUGUUAUGAAAAAAGCAUACUAAUGAAGACCCAUGUGGACUUGAUAAAGUGAUAAGAUUGGGAAGGUACAUUGAUAAGCCUGUGUCACAGAGUACAGGUGCUGCCAUGUGAUUCUUAUUUUUAGUAUCCCCGUGAAUUGCUGCCACUUAUUUCUAGGUGAUAUCUUUUGUAGAUUGGACAUUUUAGAGAGCUUCCUUCUUUAUUCACCAUCCACACUGAGGUAUCUAGAGAGACUCUGAAGGAGGUGAUUACCUCCUCACUUGACUACUAGAGAAUAAAUUGAUGUGUUUACUUUUGCAUUUCACCAUCCUUUGCUUGAAAUGACACCUAACAGAUACAUUUUGCUUUGAAUCUUUGGUGGCAGACUUUUGCUUUCUUUAUUUUUCUCCUUGCCCUCCCUGUGAAUACUAUGUUAAAAAUAAGGGGAGAAAAAUGUUUGUUUUAUAUUUCACUAAAAUAUUCUUAUGCAUAAGUUUUAUUGUUAAAGCAAAUACUACUGUUUUGACUGUGAAAAUGGUAAUCCAUUUUUGUUUAAUAAACAUGUGUUCCCUCUUUUAGUAGGACUAUGUAGAGAAUUUACUAACUUUUUGUUUGAGAAAGUUAAUUACUUUAGGCUUAUCCUAAUUUUCAGAUUAAAUUAUAUAACUUUUCUUUGAGGGUGCCAAGAUGAUGGAACCUGUAGAUACUUACCGUACUUUAUAACGGAACUAGAAGUUCCCAACUAAUGUUCAAUGCUUAGUACUGCCAAUGGGUGUCGAUUCUUCAUGUGCUGGGCUGUAGGAGUCAUUAUUUUGACACUGGAAGCAAACCUACUGGAAUAUUUUGGAAACUGGGACUACAGCCUGUGUUCUCAGCUGGUCUCAAUUGCUGCUGGGACAUUGCAUCCCGAUUUCUCUAGAUCCACAUGUGGACUGGGAAAGACACCUGUGGCCAGGAAUUCCUCAAAAGAGAACCUAGAGAGUGUGACCCCUAGAGCCAUCUGUUUAUUUGCUAAACUCAGAACCCUUUUAUUUUUUGAACAUGAAAAAGAGGCUACCAGAUCCAUUGUUAAAACUGUUUAUUCACGGUCAGUUACCACAAUCCUGUAUGCCAUGCAAGUGUUCAAAUUCAUUUUUAAGAUGUGGAUUUAGUUUAUAAUAAAUUAUUCUCUUCCAAGUAAACUCAACUUUCAGCCAAGGAGGAGAGCUUAACCGGGCCUCAGCCCAUAGAAAUAGAGCAGGAUUUUCUUUAUAAAAUCAAAUUUGUUGGUCAUGCAUAAUGAAAAUGAUAUAGGAACCUUGCCUUGAAAAUGUGACAGCUUAUGUGAUUAACACUGGUGGUAGCAGAGUUAGCACGACUUGGCAGCUGAUUCAGUGUUGGAGUUGUUAGAAAGGGCCAAGAGCUAACAAUGACAGCAAGGUUGCUGGCUUCAGUAGCUGAAUGGAUAGACUUGAUAUUUGCUCAGAAAACACAAGGAAAUGAGCACUUUGUGGGAUUGCACUAGAAGAUGAUAAUUUUAUCUGGGGACAUGUUGCAGUAGAGACGUUUGUUGGAUAUCCUAGUAAAGGUAGCCAAAUACAUUCAGGUAUGAACAGCACAGGCAGGAGGUCUGGAUGAUGAUGUGAUUUGGGAUGUCAUCAGCCCUGGGAGGGGAUGCUGAAGUAAGGGAUUCAAACAUUAAAUGGUGGUAGGGCCCAGAUAACCCAGUAAGACUUUGUAAUCCUGAAUUCUGCUUUGCUAUGUGGAUCAUUAUCUUCUUCAUGUAAUUGGGUGCCCAAGGACACAUGACUUUGCAACUUACCAGAGACUAGGAGCUUAUGGGUAAAACCCUCAAAGGCAGAGCACACAAGUUUCCAUUGGUAGCUGUGGUUGUUGACUUUUUUUUUAAUUAUGAGAAAUUAAAUUUCUCUGAAUUUCUAGCUCCUGAAAAAUCCAAAACAUAGGCAUUACUGGAUCUUGUUUCUAGGAUGACAAAAUAGCAACAACCUUCUCAGGCUGAGGAUUGCCUACACAGGUUAUCAGUUUCCAUUUGGUCACUCCUCUCACAAGCCUGCCUCACGCAUUGAAAUGACUCACCUGGUCCCUGUGGAUAUUCCAGUUUAACUCCUGAUAGGACAGUAGUUCUCCUAUACAGGGAGGAGGAAACUUGUUAAAAAUACAACUUCUUAGUCCUACCCACAGGUUCAGAUUUGGUAGACCUCACUGGCCUGGUACCUAGGAAUUUGCAUGUUAACAUAUGCUGCAAGAUGUAUUUGUGGAUAUCUAAUUAUCCUGCUUAAAAACACCUAAUGCACAUAAGUGGCUAAAACUAUCCAUAGGGGACAGAAAACCAAAAUAGAAACAAACUAAAGCCAUAUACCAUUGACUUCCAAAACUGACAGUGCAUCAGAAGUACUUGUACAUUUAUUAAAACCAUACAUUUCAGUUCUCUCUACCCCACUGAUACAGACUCUGUAGUUAGAAUGGGGCCCAGUAUGCUGCAUAGAAUGAUUCUGAUGUAAAAUCAUGUUUGGGAGCCACUGUUGCACUUGUGACAGGCUAAUCAAGUGCAUAUUGAGGACUGAAGUCAGGAGGAGGCGAAGCAUGAACCCAGCCCUCCUAAAUUGAGGGACACGGUGGAGAAAAGAUUGGCUUCCACAUGGCAGAUGCAGAAGCUUCUGCUACGAAAGUGAGUUGCAGAAAUCAUCUUGGGGAUUUAUACAAUGAGGUAGCACCAUCGGGGGAAAUUCCUGGGUGGGUGUGGAUGCAGGGCGUUUUGAGUAGGUAUACCUAAGAAGCGUGAAAACCAGGUACGUUUAUCUAGAAAGCAGUGGAAACCUUAUGAUAUAAGGAGGUACUCUUGAUUUUUAUUAGAUAUUUUAUGUUUUGUAAAAUUUCUCUAAAGGUAUUACUGAAAUAGAAUGCCACUUAAUGUAGAAUAAUGAGCACUGGGUAUAUCAUUUCUAUGAAGGGCAUUGCCAUAGCAAAAUCUGGCAAUCAUAACCCAAGCCUCCUGGCAUUUUUCUGUCUGCCUAUCAAGUGUGCCAAUGGUCUCCCCUUUCCUUCUGUGCAUCUCUCUGUUACAUGGAAUGAGGAAGCAGGAAGCCCACAGAUCACCUUGGUUAAUCUGGUAUCAAGAGCCCUUUUCAUCACCAUGGAAACAUGACACUCCUAUGGAAGACAGAGAAGUUUCUUAUCUCUGUAUUAUUCAAGAUUGUUUUUACAUCAAAGAAUAAUGUUCCUUCUGAAAACAACACACACACACAUGAUUGUAUUACCUAAUAUCACAUGUUGCUGUGUUUUAUUCCCCAGACUCUGGUAAAAAUAUUUGUUAAAUUUUUUCUCUAGAAGAUGACAAAAUAGGUGGGCUUGAGUGCUGCUGGUAGAAAUUCCCUGGUUAGCAUGUGAAAAAUGGUCUGCUAAACUGUAUCCCAAGAAAUCGUUUCUGCUUCUUUCUUUCCCAAGCAAUCCUUGGGAAGGCUAUGUGAGGUAUUGGGAGUGAUGGUAUUGUAUAAAAAAACAUAAUUUUGCCUCUUGUCUCAGGCCAUUUCCUCAUGUCACUCAAAAGAAUAGCCAAUUUUUUUUAAAUGUCAUAGCUUGAGGCUUAUGAGAUCCUAUGCCACUUUUACACUCAGUGACAGGUACCAACAUUGCAAGCAACUUGCAGAUUGUUUUCCCCGUGGACCUGAAUUUGAAGUCAAUUUUGAACUGGAAAUUUAUGCACAGAAAAAAACCUUGCCUAUGUGCAUACUGGGGGAGGUGCACCGAAAUGAGCUUACUGAUUUUUUUUUCCCCUACUGCUUUGCAUCCUACUGGUUCUCUCAUGUUGUGGUACUCUAAGACUCCUGAACCCAUUUUAUAGAGCUUUAAGGAAGGGGUAGAAAAAAACCCACAGGAUUUAUAUCCCUGGAGUAACUACUUGUUUCUUUAAUACUUUAGAUUUUAUAUACUAUAAUCAGAAAGGUGGCCAAUACUGUUGAUUUUUAUCUCCUAACAGAACACUGUAAUUUACCUAGCCCCUAUAACCUUCAACUAGUAAAAUGAUUUUGAAUAUUUUACUAAAGGAGACAUUCUUUAGUACAAUAGGAAGUUAUACUCUUUUGUAGGGUUAGUGCAUCAGGAGCUGGACAGAAAUGCCUAUAAGCCUUUGAUAGAGUUAAGGGAAUGGGAGAUAUUUCAAUUAAACUGUUUUUUCUUUAGAAGCAAAAGAUGAUGUUUGGAAAAAUUUGGAUAUGUACAGGUUGUCUCAGUGGAAGGGGACUUUAUAAAGGAUUAAUCCUAAUCUUAGAGAACUGAAAAAGUUCCUCAGGAUUAACUCUGAGCACAGAGCACUCUUUUAUUGUCUUGAGUCAUGUGAGAGAAUUGUAUAUGGGGAAGGGAAUUCCUUUCUUGACCAUCAGUGCCCUCACCCUGUGAAUAAAGAGCCAUGAGUUUCAAUAUAAAUAUUAUUACUGGCCACAAGACCUCACAGCUCCUUAAAAAAAAAAAAAACAUAGAAUUUGACUGGCAGAGAUUGUGUUUACACUUAGUAUCACUAUCAAUUCUCCCUAAAAUGGAAAAUCUCCAACAAAGAAGGCAAUAAAAUACAGCUCUCUGGGGCAGGAUUGUGUCAGCCUAAGGGGUAGUUACUGUGAGAUCAUGUUCAGGGAUUUGCACUUACAACUUUGGCUCUGAGCCAGCCAAGGCUGGGAAAAAUACUCCCUGUUCUCUACUCCAGCGGCCAAUGAUGUAAAUUCACUCCACAAAGAGGCACGUCUGCUGGCCUGGCGUGGCAGAGGUGAAUGGGGAGGUGCUUGUAUAAAUGGUUUUCUUGUUGAGGCCCAAAAUAGUUUAUGAAAAGGAGGGGCUUAACUAGUAUUUUAUCACAAGUUAACUGCAUUGGAGAAAUAGGGUUAAAAUGCUAAAUCUCAGCUAUUAGACUUGGCUUCAUGUCAUUUGGGUAUUUCCUUCAAAUGCUAAUGAAAGCUGAAGAAUACUAAUCAGAUCCCACUGGCAAAGCCAAGCCAUUCAUGGCAAGCUUCCAGCUGAACAUUAUUUUUCACUGUCUACCCUUGGAUAUUCUGCUCCCACUUAAACAAAGGCAAGGCAAAAUCAUUGGUGACUGUGUUCUUGCCAUGCCCAGGCCCAACCUCCCCAACAUGUCCCAGAUACCUCACUUUCACAUUUCCCAGGCCCUUUGUUUCUGUGUUAAAUACAGCCAGGCCUCCAUAUCAUCAGUGCCUGAUGCUUGUCCAGAUGUUCCUUGUUCACUGUUCAGUGCUGGGCGUGGUGUACCUCACGCUUGGGCCCCCAUGCUCCACAGAAGAGGCAGCUAAGUGUCCUGGAAUGAGCAUGAGGUUGGAAGUCAGAAUGGUAUCUUGGUAUCCUCCAUCACUCAUUAGUUCCAUGUAUUUGGAUAAAUUAUUUACCUCCUUGCACCUGCUUUCUGUAGCAGUUCAGAUCCUGAAGAUUAAAGAUAGUGUUUAAAAAGUUCCUGGCAUCUACCAAACCCUUACCAAAUGAUACCUGCCAGUUGCCACCUCCCCUUCCUGCAGUCUGUCUACUCACCGAGACCCUGCACAGAAGGAAAAAGGAUCAUGAUGCUCUGUGCCGUUUUAUGAUACUCUUCCCCCUUCUGAAGGAUCCUGAACAACGAGCAUGUGUUGAUUCCUCCCGCCUCCCUUCCUUUGUGCUCUCCAGUCAGCAGAGUAAGAACUUCUAUGUGACACUCUCUCUCCACCUGCCACCCCUCCCCACAAUUCCCGCCAAAGUCAGGCUUAAGCAUUUUUGUAGCAUAGAGAGAACGUACCCUUUCAUAAGACCCUGCAUUGCUGAGCAUCCCACAGCUGGUUGGUAAUCUCAGAUUCUGGGCUUCCUCUUCAGCCAUCUCACCCCCCUGCCUUAUGUCAGAGGCAGUGUGGAAGAUGUAGAUCUGAAUCCCAUCUUCAUUGCUUCUGGUCUUAACUCAGGACUUGUGAGCAAUCAUUUAUCUGAGCUUCCUUUCUUCUUAACUGCAGGGUGAACAUCUAGCUUACACUUUUGUUCUGUGGGUCACAGUAAAUACACACAGCAUGUUAUUAGGGAUGGAAUGAGUCCUACAAUAUGGGAAAUAAAUGAGAAGACUUCUGAAAGCUCAUGCUGCAAGAAGAAGAUAGCAAGAAAGUAAUGGCAGCUAUGUUUGGUGAGAGUCUGGUGGAUGCUAGGGAAUUAUGUUUUAUAAAGAAAUAAUGCAUAUAUUUCAAAACUAUUGAACUGAAAUAAUUUUUUUUUUAAAAAUUGACACAUAAGAGCUACAUAUUUAUAGGGUUUCGUGUGAUAUUUUGAUGCAGGUGUCCAUUGUGUAAUGUUGAAAUUAGGGUAAACAUAUCUAUGUUCUCAAACAUUUAACAUUUUGUUUUUGUUAACAAUCAUAUCUUCUAUGUUUUUUGAAAAAUAUUUACUUAUUUAUUUAUUUGAAAUGCAAAGUGACAGAGAAGGAGAGAGAGAGAGAUCUUCUGUUCACUCCCCAAAUGGUAAUGAUGGCUAGGGUUGAGUUAGGUCAAAACCAAGAGCCCAGAAUUCCAUUUGUGUUUCCCACGCAAGUGGCAAGGGUUUAAGUACUUGGGCCAUCUUCUGAUGCUUUUCCGGGUGCAUUAGCCCAGAGCUGGGUCAGAAGUGGAGCACCUGAGACUUGACCUGGCUCCCUAAGGUGAGAUUCUAGCAUGGACAGGUGGAAGCUUAACCUGCUGCAUUGCUAACACUGGUCCCUGCUAGGGUUUUUCAAAAUAGAGAAAUGAAUAAUACAUUAUCUAUAUAGUCACCCUACUGUGGUGUAAAACCCCAGAACUUCUUUCCCGUACGUGACUAUAAUUUGCUACCCGUUAGUCUGCCUUUCCUGAUCCCUCACUUCCCCCUUCCUUUCCCAAUCUCUCAUAACCACAAUUAUGUUUGUAACUUUUAAAAAAAAAAUUAUUUGAAAGGCAGAGCUACAGAGAGAGAGAGAGAUGGGUCUUCCAUCUGCUGAUUCAGUCCCCAAGUGGCCAUAAUGGCUGGAGCUGAGCUGAUCCAAAGCCAGGGGCCAAGAGCUUCUUCUGGGUCUCCCAUGUGGGUGCAGGGACCCAAGGUCUUGGGCUUCUGUUGCUUUCCCAGGCCAUAGCAACAGCUAGAUCUGAAGUGGAGUAGCCAGGUCUCAAACCAGCGCCCUUAUAGGAUGCCGGCACUGCAAGUGGCAGCUUUACCCGCUGUGCCACAGCGCUGGCCCCUGUUUGUAACUUCUAAGAGAUCACUUUUCCUUUAAAUUCCACAUACGAGUGAGAUCAUACAUCAUUUGUCUUUUCUGUGCUUGGCUUAUUUUACUUAACAUAAUGACCUCCAGUUCCAUUCUUGCUGUUGUGAAUGCAAGGUUCCAUCAUUUUUAUGACUUGAAUAGUGGGACAUUGUGUGUGUGUACCAGUGGAUGGAUGGACACUUAGGUUGUUUCCAUUUCUUGGCUAUUGUGUAUAGUGCUGAGAUAAGCAUGGGAGUGCAGAUAUCUUCUUGACAGAAUGAUUUCAUUUCCCUUAGAUCGCUUAAUCACAUGGUAGUUGUAUUUUUACUUUUUCAGGAACCUCCAUACUAUUUAAUAAUGACUGUAUUAAUUUACAUUCCUGCCAAUAAUGUGCAAGGGUUCCUUUUUCUCUACAUCCUCGCUAGCAUUUGUUAUCUUUCGUCUUUUCCAUAAUGGCCAGUCUAAUGGGGUGUCAU